AUGUCCGACAACAAGGAGGCUCAGCCUCCGCAUAUUGGUGGAGAGGCCGCUGCCCAACCGACACCCGGGACUCAAACCCAUAGCACAGAGCAUCUUGAGAGUAUCCCGUCACACACCGUCACGCAACAGGAGCAGGAGAAAGCAGAUGCGUGUCUCGAUAUCAAUCAUGUGGCUAAUCUCGGCCUUGAGAACUGGGAAGACCUUGAGAAAAAGGUUGUCCGCAGAUUGGAUAUGACCAUGCUGCCUCAGCUUUGGAUUCUCUACAUGUUCAACUAUCUCAAUAGGGUCAAUAUUGCACAGGCUCGACUGAACACCUUCGAUGAGGACCUUGGCCUGGAAGAUGGAGAUUACCAAACGGCCGUGGCUAUCCUAACUGUGGGAUACAUGUUAGCUCAGCUGCCAUCCAACAUGUUGAUCACCCGUGUUCGCCCGGCUGUUUACCUUCCCACCGCCGCCAUGUUGUGGUCUGCCAUUUCUGCCGCAACGGCAGGGUGCACCAGCGCUGGGGGCCUUCUAGGUGUCCAAUUUGUUCUCGGAAUCAUUGAGGCACCUCUGUUCCCAGGUGCCGUGUUCCUCAUGUCUUGCUGGUACACUCGUCGAGAAUUGGCCUUGCGUACCGCUCUACUGUACUCUGGGUUAGUCCUCGCGCAGGCCUUCUCCGGUCUUAUUGCUGCAGGGGUUUUUGCAGGACUUGACGGUGCCAUGAACCUCGCCGGAUGGCAGUGGCUUUUCAUCCUCGAAGGUGCCGCCAGCGCCUUCUUUGCCUUAACAGCGUUCUUCAUUCUCCCGAACUACCCACAGUCUGAGAAUGGCAGCGCCAUGUGGUCGAUGACUUCGGAUAUGCGCAAGGUCGCCGUCGCUCGCAUCCUUGACGACCGUGUUGAAAAGUCAGAAGGCUUGAGCGUCUGGCACGGCCUCAAACUCGCCGUAACAGAUGUCAAGUGUUACAUCUUCAUCUUCAUGAACAUCUUCAUCACCUCGUCGUACGGAUUUAAUAACUUUUUCCCCACCAUGGUCAGGGGCUUUAACCUCGGUUCUGACAACGUCUCACUGCUCCUGACCGCUCCUCCCUACGUCUGGGGCACGAUAGUCUCGUUCCUUGUUGCAUGGAACUCGGACCGGAAACGCGAGCGUGGGUUCCACAUCAUGGCCAACCUCUGCUGUUCUAUCACUGGCUUUAUCAUCACUGUCGCCACGGUCAACACGGCGGCGCGGUACACAGCAGCCUUUCUCUAUACCUCUGGCAGCUUCUCCGCAAACGCCCUGGUCUACACCUGGGCUGUGUCCUCGCUUGGGCAGACACCAGAAAAGCGGGCGGCGGGUGGUGCGAUUGUCAACAUCUGCGGACAUAUUGGCAACGUCAUUUCUCCGUACUUCUUCCCUGAUAGAGAUGCACCGCGCUUCACCAUGGCCAUGAUCUUACAAAUCGUAUUUGCAUCGCUCGCUCUGACGAUGGCUGGCGUCUCCAAGAUGUAUCUGAGGAAGCAGAACAGCAAGCUGCGCGAGUCGGCCGAGAGGCUUGGCAGGGCUUACAACCCUUUCACCACGUAG